AUGGCCAGACCAACUUUGACUAAGGCUUCUUUCCAGAUUAAAAACGGCCCAGUGUACGAAGGGUACUCUUUUGGUGCCCAGAAUUCGGUCGCAGGAGAAGCUGUCUUCACCACCUCGCUUGUCGGGUACCCCGAGUCUAUGACGGAUCCCUCUUACAAGGGCCAGAUCCUCGUGUUCACACAGCCUCUUAUCGGGAACUACGGUGUCCCCUCCGGCGACGUUCGUGACCAGUUCAAUCUCUUGCGUUACUUCGAGAGCGCACGUCCCCACGUCGUCGGAAUCGUGGUCGCCGAGUACGCGUGGCAAUACUCGCACUGGACCGCGGUCCAAUCGCUCGCCGACUGGUGCAAGAAAGAAGGUGUUGCGGCCAUCACGGGUGUCGAUACCCGUAGCGUUGUUCAGUACUUGAGAGAGCAGGGCUCCUCGCUUGGCCGUAUUGUCGUCGCGGACGACAAGACCCCGCCAGAGUACGUUGACACCAUGCAACAGCAUCUCGUCGCCCAAGUCUCGACCAACGCGCCCUACCACGUGCCAGCGCUCAAGAACUCGGAUGUCAACGUUGCUUUGAUCGACUGCGGUGUCAAAGAGAACAUUGUCCGGUGUCUCGUUGCCAGAGGUGCCAACGUCACGGUUUUCCCGCACGAUUACAAGAUCCAAGACGUUGCGGCUCAGUUCGACGGUAUUUUCAUCUCCAAUGGACCCGGUAACCCAAGCACUUGUGCCGUGACUUCUGAAAACCUCAGACAACUCAUGAACGAUCCAGCACUCGUGAACUUGCCCAUUUUCGGUAUUUGUUUGGGCCACCAGUUGCUAGCGAUUGCAGCAGGCGGCAGGACUACUAAGCUCAAGUACGGUAACAGAGCCCACAACAUCCCAGCGUUGGACUUGACCACGGGCCAAUGCCACAUCACUUCUCAGAACCAUGGAUAUGCAGUCGACGCCGAAUCGCUUCCCGCAGACCUGUUCAAACCUUACUUCAUUAACUUGAACGAUGGUUCCAACGAAGGAAUGAUCCACGUGACCAGACCCAUCUUCUCGACUCAAUUCCAUCCAGAGGCCAAGGGGGGUCCCAUGGACACUGCCAUUUUGUUCGACAAGUAUUUUAAGGACAUUGCUCACUACAAGCAAAACAAGUCUAUGAACGCCAAAACUAACGUUCCCUUCACUAUUCCCGUUAAGACGUUGGCAACGGAACGGGUGCUAUAA